GUUCGCUCAUCAUUUUUCUUCCUGAACACUCUUGAACAACCAGAUACUAUGGCCAAUCCGCCGCUGGAAACUGCGACUGCUUUCGACUUCGAUGAUAGACUGGGCCUAGUCUUCAUCGUAGAGGCCGCAGCAUUAUCCGUACUGGCUAUCACAACUCUCCUGGCAUACAUCACUUAUAGCGCCGUCACAAUUCGAAUGGGUGCUACACGCAGAUGGUCCACCGACACUCACGUUCAUUAUUAUUUCUUAAAUCUAAUGGUCUUUGACCUCAUUCAAGCAAUCGGCGGGAUGUUCAAUAUCGCGUGGAUUGAUGCUGCUGGGAUAUAUCCCGGCACCAUAUGCACUGUGCAAGGUGCCUUCAAACAUGUGGGCAAUACGGGGGCAGCUUUCAGCACGAUUGUAACUACUUCCCGUCAUGGUUCUUCUCAUGCUAAUUGGUUUCUGCAGACUAUCGCCUUGCACACGAUGCAGGUGCUGAUAUUGAGGUGGAGUACCCCUCCAAAAGGAGCACUACUUGGCUCAGCUAUUAUAUGGAUAAUCGUUGGCCUGAUGGUCGGAAUACCGAACAUAAUCAUUGAUGAUUUCUAUGGACCAACCGGGCAUUGGUGCUGGAUAGAACGUAACAACUUCCAACGAAUGGGUCUCCAAUACAUGUGGAUGUGGUUUGCAGCAUUCAUCACUGUCGUUGUUUACAUCUUUCUUGCUCUUGUGGUCAAACGGAUCGUUAGCAUUGAUGGAUACAGGAUUCGGUGGGCGUCCUCCGAGAUCCGCAGUAUAACGCCGUCCGAUGGUUCUGAUCCCCGACAACGGGGCGACGAGGGAGCCAUCGCGCUACGAAUGCUCUUCUACCCUGCGGUCUACAUUAUCACAGUGUUGCCUAUCACUGCUGCCCGCUUCACGGAGUUUCACACAGACAAAGUGCCAUGGGGAGUGACGGCUUGGGCAGACACCCUUCUUCUCUUGUCGGGAGUCUUCAACACAAUCCUAUAUACGCUGACACGCCCAAAGCUCCUUCCGCGUAGACGUCGGUCGCCCUCGCGGGUUGUUCUAACAUCCACGAGCUCGAAUCAAUUCGGUAGGACUAACCGAUUCCAAAACCACAAGCACUAUCCCUAUGAUACGAAACCUGAAGAAGGAGUGCUCCCUUCUAUGAGUUUUGAACUCGCAGAACCCCCGCGCUCCUCGUCCGAAUUGCGCUUUGCUCACCCUGAGAUAUCAGGUAUCAAGCAAUGAUUGUUUUGUAUUUUUAUGCGACCCCAAUGCUGUGCGCUGCUUCAUAAUACACAGAGUUCAAAUUCCGUACUUGUAUUGCAACACUUUUACUCUAACCUUGACACUGUAAUUAACGUCUUUAAUGACAUAUCGCUAUUUGAUGGUCUUGUUAAA